GCAAAUCCGUCUCGAUCGUGCGUAACUAAGCGGCGGAAAGAAUAGGAAUUGUAGAAGAAAAAAAAGAUCAACGCGCGCCGGGGUAGCAGAUUCUCUCGUUGCGUUCACGGAGGGGAGUACAAAGGAUCUGUUGUCACAUAGCCGGUGCUCCAGAUCGUUUUAGGCAACUGUCAGUUUCUCGAAGAUCUCGGUGCAGGUAGAUAUUUUCGUGCGUUUUUAAAUGUGAUUCUACAAGGCGAUCUACAUUUAUAUAUUUAAGGACACUUGUGAUACGCGGAUUCAGAAUGGCUCAGCGUCCUCAGAACUAUGGGUCUACGGAUCAACGGGUGGAUGUACCUGAAAUAGGAUUUAGUCCUACUGAACUUUAUAGUCUCUGUGAAAAUAUUACCACUAACAUAUAUACGAUUAAUGCAAGUUGGAAGGUUUUGGAAAGAGCUUACAAAAAUAUCGGAACCAGCAAGGAUAAUCAAGGUUUAAGAGACAAAGUACAUGUAACACAAUCGAGUACUAAUCAGGUGGUCACGCAGAUAAGCAAGGAUAUAGCGAGACUGACGAUGCUGAUGAGACGUGGGGACAAACAGCAAAAAUUACAAAUUGAGAAACUUACAACAGAUUUUAAAGAUGCAUUGCAGAGAUAUUCCGAUAUGCAGAAGUCAAUUGUUGAGAAGAUGAAGAGACAUAUUUUAACUAUGACCAAUAUAGAAAAUUCAAUGGAUGGGGAUGACACUGAAGAGACACACCGCCUACUUCUAGUACAGGAACAAGAGCACAGGACUACACAAAGGACACUCGAAUUUCAACACGGGCUACUCUUAGAGAGAGAGGAUAGGAUAAAACGUAUUGAGGGUGAUAUUUUGGAUGUGAAUCAAAUUAUGCGCGAACUCGCGGCAUUGGUGCAUCAACAAGGUGAUACUAUUGAUACAAUUGACAACCAUAUAGAGAAUAUACACGGCAAUGUCGAGCUAGGAGCGCAGGAACUGGAGAAGGGAAGUAAUUACCAAAGUAAAUUUCGUCGGAAAGUUUAUAUCUUGUUGUUACUUGCGAUUAUAGUUGCCAUUGUAUUAACUGUUAUUCUAGUCAUUAAAUUAAGUUAGCGACCCUAGCCUUUGCGCGGGUCUUACUGAUUAACGAAAAGGGUUGUCUCAAUCUGUCUCAUAUGUCGUUUGAAAGUAGUUUCUUCAAGAACCAUCUCGUUU